AUGCCGUUCACCAAGUACGAGCAAGAGGGAGUUCAUACUUUGCUUCAGUUUUAUAAUCCUUCCCUUCGCUGCUUCACGUUCACCGACUACCUUUUGGUUCCAACAUUAGAAGAGUAUUCCCUAUUUCUUGGCGUUCCUAUAAAGAAGGAAGUACCAUACUAUGGCACCAUGAAGGCCCCUGAUUCCAUUGAAAUUGCUAAGGCUCUUUAUUUGAGCAAGUCGGUCGUGGAAGCAAAUCUCACCAAGAAGGGAGGAGGUCUUGGUUUUCGCAUGGAGUUUCUGGUCAAAAGGGGUUGUGAUGCUGCUGAAGCGAAAGAAUGGGACACGUCUAGGGCUAUCCUGGCUCUAAGUAUCUAUCGUAUCAUGAUGUUCUCAAACGUUCCUAACUUUGUUGACAUGAAUGCAAUUCAUAUAUUCAUUCUGCAGAAUCCGGUUCCUACACUUUUGGGGGAUAUUUAUCACUCCAUUCAUCACAAGAGUGGUCAGAAGGGAGGUUUGAUUAGAUGCUGUGCUCCGUUGUUAUAUCGUUGGUUUAGGUCACAUUUGCCUGAGCGUGGUGCUUUCGUUGAUAAUAGGCACACAUCUAAGUGGGCUGAGAGGAUUAUGGGGCUUAGGGCCAAAGAUAUUGUCUGGCACAACAGAUCUUUAGAUGACAUGGAAGUUAUUAUGAGUUGCGGAAAGUUCAAAAAUGUACCUCUCAUGGGUCUUAGAGGUGGAAUCAACUAUAAUCCCGUCCUGGCUAGGAGAACAUUUAGAUAUGCUUUUAUCAGCCCCCCUGAGCAGACAGAAAUUGCUGAGAAUAUUUUCUAUCAUUCAGCCACCGACAGUGGGCAGAUGGCAGAAGUCGUACAAGCUUGGAAGAGUAUUUGUUGGAGAGAUAAGAAACAUUUUGGUCAGCGAGUUUGUGCUACUUACGAGGAUUAUACUAAGUGGGUCGAAUCUGUGGUUGAUGCUCAAGGGAUGCCUUUCCCUCCUAAGGAUCCUUUGUACUCCUCUGCUGGUGAACAACCCAACAUUGUUUCCAUGCCUCGUUAUAAUCAAACUGAUGCAGAUGGCGUUAAGGCUUACCUAGAGAGUCUUGAAUUGCAAGGAGAAGAAUAUGCUCCACGAGCUACGCUUCUUGGUGAUGGUGAUGACACCGUGAGGCUUUGA